AUGCAAUGGUUGUUAGGCCUAUCAGCUUUAAUCUGUUAUGUACAUUGCCAACUGAACUGUGAUAUAUUAGAUCCAGAAUGUAGAGCAUUAUAUAGAGCCGGUGGAAAACGUAGCACACUACGACAUAAGGCUCGUCCUGGGUGCAACGAGGGACCACAGUGCUUGAGAGAUGCAAUCCCGCUCGUUCAGAUUCGAAUCAAACCAGACGUCGUCCGUCUGCCCGGCUGUUUCACGCUUGAGAUCAAGAAUUUACGGGUCAAGGACGAUUCGGACGCGAUCGGUAACUCGUUUUUUGCCAAGGCUGAGUAUCAGUGGUGGAAUGUCAAGGAUUUCUCGAACUUGAGAUGUCAAAACGCUUCAAAUAAUGGCUGUGGUGGUUACGGCAAUAACUGGUAA